GAUACUCGUCGAUUCUUUCACCAGAUCUAGAAAAGCUUAAUGAAGCUCGCUUGCUUCUACUUCUAUAGUUUAAUAUUAUUCUUCCUGGUUUAAAAAUUGCCUCAGCGAAAUUCACAGCCAGCGGUUUGUCGAUUUAAUGUUUGCAUAAAGAUACACUAACCGUCAAUAACACUAUUAAUUAUAAAUCUAUUGUCUUUUAUAGACUCUAGACUGGAAUCUGGUUAAGAUUACGUGCAUUUACAGUUUUAGAUUAAGUUAUGGAUGUUCUUACUGGAAGCAAAGUAUUUUCAUCUCUGAGGCCUCUGAAUUUGUCUACAUGUACAAAGCAAGACAUUAUUGAUUAUUUCAAUAAUAGCUAUGAUCUGAAUGAAAGUUUAUUUCUUGGUCUGAGAGAUGAGAGUGCCAUGUAUAAAUGUCCUGAUCGGCUCAGACUUCCUCUGAUAUUUUACUAUGGACACACAGCUGCUGUCUAUGUUAACAAACUAAUGUUGGCAGGAUUGAUCAAGGAACGUCCCAACUUGCAUUUUGAAACAAUGUUUGAAACUGGUGUUGAUGAAAUGAGCUGGGAUGAUACUGAAAACUAUCGCAUGGGUGGUAGCUACAAAUGGCCUGCUCUUCAUGAAGUUGUUGAGUAUCGAAGAACUGUUCGAAGCAUUAUUUUAAAAGUCAUUGAAAGUACUAAGUUAGAACUUCCUAUUAAUAUGGAAAGUCCUUGGUGGGCACUUCUUAUGGGUAUGGAGCAUGAAAGAAUUCAUUUAGAAACAUCUUCUGUGCUGAUUCGGCAACUUCCAAUAGAAAUGGUUGUUCGUCCGGAAGGCUGGAAAUAUGGACCUACCAAAUCUGAUUGUGCUGUUAAAGGAAAUAAAAUGGUGUCCAUGAACUCUAAGCAUGUUACACUUGGAAAACCCUUAGAAUUUCCCUCCUAUGGUUGGGACAAUGAGUAUGGAAGCUAUUCUUGCAAAGUCCCCUCAUUUGAGGCCAGCCAAUAUCUCAUCACUAAUGCUGAAUUCUAUGAAUUUGUCAAUGAUGGAGGAUAUCAAACUGCUGACCUGUGGACUGAAGAAGGCUGGAGGUGGGUCCAGUACAGAAAAGCUUUACAUCCUACAUUUUGGAUUUGUGAUCAAGGUUGUAAGUCUGGCUGUGGAGGAAAACUGGCAAACUACUCUCACUGUAAAAUUAACUUUAUCAAUUCUAAUGGUCAUGAACUGAUCAACGAAAAGACAAAGUGUAAUCUCUACAAGCUGCGAGUGAUGUUUGACUUGAUUGACAUGCCAUGGGAUUGGCCCGUAGAAGUUAACUACCUUGAAGCUAAAGCUUUUUGUAAAUGGAAGGGUCCUGGUUACCGCUUGCCCAUAGAAGCUGAGCAUCAUGUGAUGAGAGGUGUACAGCUGCCUACAAGCAUGGGUCCUGAGUGUGAUAUUAUUUUCCAAAAAGAAAUUCAUGCCAACAUCAAUUUACAUUAUGGAUCCUCAACUCCAGUAAACUUGUUUCCUCCAACAAAAGCUGGCUUCUAUGAUGUCUUUGGCAAUGUUUGGGAGUGGAUGGAAGAUCACUUCAAUGGUCUCAGUGAAUUCCACUCUCAUUUUCUUUAUGAUGAUUUCUCAUCUCCCUGUUUUGAUGGAAAACAUAAUGUCAUUUUGGGUGGUUCCUGGAUAUCUACAGGAGAUGAAGCUUCUAGAUUUGCUCGUUAUGCUUUCCGUCGACAUUUCUUUCAACAUUGUGGCUUCAGACUAGCCAGAAAUCCAACUAUGGAAGCUGAGCUGCCAGCUAUUUUUGUUGAGACAGAUGUCUUUGUGCUUGGCUCAGGUGUUCAAGCCAAUGAAGUCUUAAUAGACAACAACACUACUGUACACCUCACUGAAAGCAAAAACCUAACUUAUAAUUAUGACACUGUAGAAAAGCUAGAGGGAAUUCUUGAAUUGGAGUUUGGAUUCCGAGAUUGUUUUGCUGCAGUAGUAGUAAACCUUUGUACAAAUUACUGUAACUAUUACCAAGUAGCUGCCAACUCUGUUGUUCAUCUUGGAACUGCUACAGGGAGAGGAGCUUUUGAACUCAGCAAAAGAUUCAACAAGGUUCUUGGCAUAGAAUCUUGUGGUCGUCUUCUAGAUGCUGCCUUAAAACUUCAAAAUGGGGAUGAAAUCAUUUUGAAAGAUAGAAAAAUAAUAAAGCUGUCUGAUGACUACAAUCCAAAUAGAGUCAUCUUCAAACAGCUGACCUGGGUUCCAAAUGAAGUGGACAGCCAUAACUUAACUCUUGUCACACAUUUACAUAGAGUACAAAACCCUAAAGCUUGGUUGGCUCGCCUGUGGGAAAUAACAAAAUUAGAAGGCAUUGUUGUCAUAGCAUCACCAGAGAGAGAAUGGAACAAGGAAAGACUUAAACAUUUUCUUCACCAUAGACUGACAUGUGUGAGCAAUGAAGAAGUUACUUAUCAAGAAAAAGAUGAACUCAAAAGUGCAGUGGUCACCAUUUGGAGACACCAGUAAAUUUUUCUGUUUAUAGGGAGCAACAUACACUCAAUUUGUGUGUUGACUGGCUAGAGCACUAGUUAUACAACUUCUAUUUUUGUUGUCUUUUCUGUUUACAUGCACGUACACAACACAAUCUGUACUUUACAGAUGCAGCACUUUUGUUUGUAUGUUCUAGAAUAGAUUGGGAGCAAAACAUUUUAAUUUCUUUUUAUAAAUCAUGAUUUUGAAAUAUAUUAUGACAAGAAUUUUUAAAUAAAUAUAUAUAUAUAUAUAUAUAUAUAUAUACAAAAUAAUCAGUGAAAAUAACUGAUCUUGACACCUUCUUAUGCAUAAGACUUGUACUACUGUUUGCCAAUGAGUACACUAGUGAAACAUGGAGAGAAUACAAAUGGUAGCUCCCAGAUAAAAUAUGUUUUAUUAUAAUAUGCUUAGGAAGAAUUGUAGGCAUUAUAACCUUAUUCUAAAUAAGGCCAUACUACAAGGUAACCAGCAGUUAAUGGCUGACCUUAUAAAACAAAAUGUGAUGGACAGUUCAUGUUAUUCAUUCAACUGAAAACCUAAAAAUGACAGAAAAUGGGAACAACCUAUGAUUACAUUUGAAGCUUUUGGUAUUGAAUUUAUGUAUGUGUCAAUUAUUUGUUUAAGAUGACUUGUCAUUAAAUGAAAAAAAAAGUAUUGUAUUUAAGUAUUAAGAUAUUUUUAUGUCAAUAACUUGAAAACCAAAUUAUGUAUCUAGUUAUAUUUUUGUAGCUUCAGUAAGUAAAUACACAUUAACAGUAAUUUUGCGGCAAUUUAUUAAUUUUAUCUUUUUUUUUAUAAUAUUUACAUGAUUUUUUUUAUUGCUGUAUUUGGUUUUUUAAAUGUAAGUUAUUGCUAAAUUUAAAAAUAAAAUAUUUUUUUGGCAAGAAACUA